ACUGCACCUGUGAGUGAAUGAAGCUGCUGCACUGAGGAGGGCCAAGAAAGGCAGCGGCUCCGGGGGUCCUCAGCAUCAUCUUGCGGGUCUCCGCCUUCCUCCCGCCUUAACCUCCCGCCCCUGAUCCAUGCGGGAGCCGAAGAGGAUCUCCCCGCAUGCCCUUGUGGAGGCCCACUUCUGCACCCCCCCACUGACAGGAACGCACUACGUGAAAAAACCUUUGGUCAGAAUGAUCGCUACCUAGACGUCUGCAGCUACAGGAACUAUUAGCAAUGCAGUGUUUGGAGAUGACAACCAAAAGGAAAAUUAUUGGCCGUCUGGUGCCAUGCCGAUGUUUCCGGGGUGAAGAAGAAAUCAUCUCUGUGCUAGAUUACUCCCAUUGCAGCCUACAGCAGGUGCCAAAGGAGGUUUUUAACUUAGAACGGACAUUAGAGGAGCUUUACCUAGAUGCCAAUCAAAUUGAAGAUCUACCUAAGCAAUUGUUCAACUGUCAAGCUCUGCGUAAACUGAGUAUACCAGACAACGACCUUUCAAGCCUGCCAACCACUAUUGCUAGUUUAGUUAAUCUCAAGGAACUUGACAUCAGUAAAAAUGGGAUUCAAGAUUUUCCAGAAACGAUAAAGUGCUGUAAGUGUUUAACAAUUAUUGAAGCCAGUGUCAAUCCAAUUUCUAAGCUGCCAGAUGGUUUCACGCAGCUUCUAAACUUGACCCAGCUCUACCUAAACGAUGCCUUUCUGGAGUUUCUUCCAGCUAACUUCGGAAGACUCGUCAAAUUGCGUAUCUUGGAGUUAAGAGAAAAUCAUUUGAAAACUCUACCAAAGUCAAUGCACAAACUGACGCAGCUGGAGAGGCUUGACCUAGGCAAUAAUGAGUUCUCUGAGCUGCCUGAGGUUCUGGAACAAAUACAAAACCUAAAGGAAUUGUGGAUGGACAAUAAUUCACUUCAGAUACUGCCUGGGUCUAUAGGGAAGUUAAAACAGCUGGUGUACCUGGAUAUGUCAAAAAACAGGAUAGAAACUGUUGACUUGGACGUAUCAGGAUGUGAAGCACUUGAAGAUCUCCUAUUGUCAUCCAAUGUGUUACAACAACUGCCAGAUUCUCUAGGAUUGUUGAAAAGGCUUACAACGCUAAAAGUAGAUGACAAUCAGCUUACAGUACUGCCCAAUGCAAUUGGAAAUUUAUCUCUAUUAGAAGAAUUUGACUGCAGCUGUAAUGAACUGGAGUCCCUACCUUCUACCAUUGGUUACCUUCAUAGCCUGCGAACAUUAGCUGUGGAUGAGAACUUCCUGUCUGAAUUGCCUAGAGAAAUUGGAAGCUGUAAGAACGUAACAGUUAUGUCCCUGCGCUCUAACAAGCUAGAAUUUCUUCCUGAUGAGAUUGGUCAGAUGCAGAAGUUGAGAGUGUUAAAUCUGAGUGAUAACAGACUGAAGAAUUUACCAUUCACUUUUACUAAGCUUAAAGAACUUGCAGCUUUGUGGCUAUCUGACAACCAGUCCAAGGCCCUUAUCCCUCUGCAAACUGAGGCUCAUCCAGAAACAAAGCAAAGAGUACUGACUAACUACAUGUUUCCCCAGCAACCCCGUGGAGAUGAAGAUUUCCAGUCAGACAGCGAUAGCUUUAACCCUACUUUAUGGGAGGAGCAGCGACAGCAACGGAUGACGGUAGCCUUUGAAUUUGAAGAGAAAAAGGAAGCGGAGGAAAAUGCAGGAAAAGUUAAGGUUGAAAUAAAUCUAAAACGUUAUCCAACUCCAUACCCAGAAGAUUUAAAGAACAUGGUAAAAUCUGUUCAAAAUCUGGUUGGCAAAACAAGCCAUGGAGUGAGGCCUGAGAACUCAACACCAGCUGCCAACAGUGAGCAAACUAUGAAAGAAAAGUAUGAGCACAAGUGGCCUAUGGCAGCAAAGGAGAUUUCAGUGGAGGAUUCCUUUGGACACCCUGCUAAUGACAUGAGGAUAGGAGAACUUCGCCCUUCAGUGGCUGAGGCUCCCUUGUACCAACCCAAACUUGUUCUUCUGGGUAAAGAAAAGAAAGAAUCAACAGAUGAAUCUGAAGCAGAUAAAAUCCACUGUCUCAAUAACAGUGUUUCCUCAGGCACUUACUCAGACUAUUCACCUUCCCAAGCUUCCUCAGGGUCCUCUAACGCUCGUGUUAAAAUGGGGUCCUUGCAAACAACUGCCAAAGAAGCAGUGAAUAAUUCUUUGUGGGGUAACAGGCUUGCGCAGUCUUUUCCACAGCCUCUUGAGACAAAGCCAUUACUCAGCCAGCUAGAGUCUGCUCCAGUGGGAAAUCUGCAGCAGCGCAAUGAUAGGCAUCCAAUGAGUGACACUUUUGCUGACAGCUGGAAUGAUACCCCACACUAUGAUAACACAGGGUUUGUUGCAGAGGAGAGCACAGUGGAGAAUCCUAGCACUAACCCUCUCUUAUGCUCUAAAUCUAGAAGCACAUCUGCUCAUGGACGCAGGCCUUUAAUUAGACAAGACAGGAUAGUUGGCAUUCCCCUGGAACUUGAACAGCCUACACUCAGAAACACACCUGAAUCAGAAGUGCCUCCUCCCAAUCCUUGGCAGAAUUGGACCAGAACUCCAAGUCCUUUUGAAGAUAGGACAGCUUUUCCUUCUAAAUUGGAGAGCACCCCCACCACCAGCCCUUUGCCUGAAAGGAAAGAUCAUAUCAAAGAAUCUCCUGAAGCAGCUAGCACUUUUUCUCCAGGAGUAGCAUGGGAGUAUCAUGAUUCAAAUGCUAACAGAAGUCUUAGUAAUGUCUUUUCACAUAUUCAUUGCCGUCCAGAAUCUUCUAAAAGUGUUAUUGCAAUAAGCAAGAGUACAGAGAGGCUUUCCCCAAUGAUGAGAGAUUUAAAAACUAGUAAAUUUAAGAAGUCGCAAAGUAUUGAUGAGAUCGACAUUGGUACAUAUAAAGUUUAUAAUAUUCCAUUAGAAAACUAUGCAUCCCGUAAUGACAAUGCAGGAACCCAUGAAAGACUAGAUAAAAUGGUAGGACAGGAGCAUGGUAUGUCUAGUAUGUCUCGUAGCCAGUCUGUACCAAUGCUAGAUGAUGAGUUACUGAGUUAUGGAAGUGUUAAGGUACAGCAGCAGCAAAAGCCUUCUGUAACCAAAAAAGUCUAUCAGUUUGACCAAAGCUUCAACCCUCAAGGAGCAGUGGAAGUUAAAGCAGAAAAGAGGAUACCACCACCUUUUCAACACAAUCCAGAAUAUGUUCCCCAGCAGAGUAAAAGCAUUGCCAAGGAUUUGGUUAGUCCAAGAGCCUAUAGAGGAUAUCCCCCCAUGGAGCACAUGUUUUCAUUCUCUCAGCCUUCAGUUAAUGAGGAGGCUGUUAGUGCUCAGUUCUCAACCCAGGGAUCAAGGUCAGGAUUUUUGAGAAGAGCAGAUUCAUUGGCAAGCUCCACUGAAAUGUCAAUGUAUAGAAGAGUAAGCGAACCUCACGAACUGCCUCAGAGUGAUAGGUAUAGCAGACCUCAGUAUAGAGCAGCUAUGGAACGCCAAAGCAGUAUCUCAGUGUCUGAAACCCAGUUCCUCAAAAGGAAUGGCAGGUAUGAAGAUGAACACCCUUCAUAUCAAGAAGUGAAAGCCCAGUCUGGAAGUUUUCCAGUUAAAAACCUUACACAAAGGAGGCCAUUGUCUGCAAGAAGCUACAGUACAGAGAGUUACGGUACAUCUCAGACUAGACCAGUUUCAGCUCGGCCUACAAUGGCAGCUCUAUUGGAAAAGAUACCAUCAGACUAUAACUUGGGUAACUAUGGUGACAAGCCUUCAGAUAACAGUGAUAUAAAGACAAGGCCUACCCCUGUGAAGGGAAAUGAGAGCUGUGCUAAAAUGCCUGCUGACUGGAGACAACAGCUACUUAGACAUAUAGAAGCUAGAAGGUUAGACAGGACCGCUGCUUACAAACACCACACUGUUAACCUUGGCAUGCUGCACUCUGGAGGUUUGUCAGCAAUGCAUGCAGGCAGAAGCAUGACUUUAAACUUGCAGACUAGAUCUAAAUUUGAAAACCAAAUUCAGCAAGAGCUACCUCUACCAAAAACCCCAUCACAGCAGAGCAACAUUCUAGACAAUGGACAAGAAGAUGUUUCUGCUAGUAGCCAAUGGAACCCAUAUCCACUUGGAAGGCGGGAUGUGCCACCAGAUACCAUUACUAAAAAGGCAGGUAGCCAUAUCCAGACUUUGAUGGGAUCUCAAAGCCUACAACAUCGGAGUCGAGAGCAGCAAUAUGAAGGAAACAUGAAUAAAGUUACCAUUCAGCAGUUUCAAUCACCACUGCCAAUUCAGAUCCCUUCUUCACAGAGCUCUCGGGCACCUCAGGCCGGGAGGUGCUUAAUUCAAACCAAAGGGCAGAGGAGUAUGGAUGGUUAUCAAGAGCAGUUUUGUGUGAGAAUAGAAAAGAAUCCUGGACUUGGAUUUAGUAUCAGUGGUGGAAUAAGUGGACAAGGAAAUCCAUUCAAACCUUCUGAUAAGGGUAUCUUUGUUACUAGGGUUCAGCCUGAUGGACCAGCAUCCAGCCUGCUCCAGCCUGGUGAUAAGAUCCUUAAGGCAAAUGGACACAGUUUUGUACAUAUGGAACAUGAGAAAGCUGUAUUACUACUGAAGAGUUUCCAGAAUACAGUAGACCUAGUUAUUCAACGUGAGCUUACUGUCUAAGUAUUUUUUAUAAAUAGUAAACAUAUGUCUAGCCAGAUCUAAUGUUCAAACAGAAAUUUAUACGUAGGAAACAAAUUUUGCCAAUUGCUGGAUCAAUGGCAAACAUUAGUGCCAAAUGUAUAAUACUAUAUGUUAGUACUGCGCCUCUUGAAAAAUGUUAACUAUAUAAAUAUGAUGUUCAUGUGGUUAUGUAUUAGUUUUAAUUGUCAGCCUCUGGCUGUGCAUUGGUGCAGUUUCUUUUUUAAUCAAGUUACUUCUCAAAGUGGAUUUCAUAUAACUUCAGAACACAGAAGCACACAAAAGCUCUUUAUGAAUUCUGCUGUCCAUCAAAAAUACUGCCUCAAAGUUGUAUAUAUCUUUAUAAAGAAAAACAUAUAUUGAGCUGUAAUUCCCAUAAAAUAUUUCUAUCACCAGUGGUAUACUAAAAGAUUAUAGAGAAAAAAUAUUUUCAUAGAAACCACUAAGAAAGUAAAUAUUAAAUUUGAACUUUAGUAUGUUGAUUUUUUCAAUGCAAAUAUAUAUGCCUUAUAGAAGUAACUGUACAAGUACAGUAUUUAGUGCUGAGUCCAUACUAAUUAGCUGAAUUAUUGCAAUACAGCGUGAAAUACUUCAUAAAUUAUACUUUCAAGCCUGGGACCUACACAUAAUAGUCUAGGCAAAAAUUAAUUGCUUUUGUCUGAUCCUUUUAGCUGAUUACCUGUAAGCUUGUGAAACAGACAAGAUAAUUUUAGAUAGUGAUGUUCCUCAAAUAAAAGCAGUGAGUGGUGGGUGGCAGGAAAACCUAACGCUUUAUUUUUGUGAAUGUUUUAAUUUAUUUAAAAUUAUAGAACCUUUUCAGUAAAUUUUGAUCCCAAUACUCCCACCAUCUUAUUCUGAGCCAGACUAGAAUACCGCCGAGUAAGCAUGGCCAAAUCUAGCCCUUUGUGGGCAGCAGUCCUAUUGAAAUCAGUGGGACUACUCAGAGUCAGGUACAAUACAUCGCUAGUAAGACUAGAUGACAUUUAAAAUAUUUUCUCUCAGAGGUGUGCAAAAUAAAUAACAGUAGGUAAAUCUUAGAACUGUGCUAAGGGGACAGGAAUAGACACAGCACAAAGCUACAGUACAUUGGUGUUAGUUCAGUAAUCGAAAUUUUAGUAAUUCCUCCAGCUGACAGCAUGGAAAAUCAAUUUCUGUGCCAUGGAUAAGUCUACAUAUAUUGGGUCAAUCCUGUUUCUAUUGAAGUCAAUGGUAAAAUAAUUGUGACUGCUAAUCGCAGCAGGAAUGAGCCGCUUAUGAGAGUUUUUGAAGGAAAUAAAUUGAGUAUUGGUUUUACUAAACUUGAACAUUUUUAAAAAACACAAAUCACCUGAAUUGUGGCUAUUGUAGAUUUUAAAGGUCACUGUCAAGAACAUUUUAGUUAAUUUGAGGUGUUUCUCUAUUGCCUAUGUAAUACCAACAGACCCCGGUUGUUGACAGGCAGGAUCGAACUGGGGACUUCUGGAGCUUAAAGCAUGAGCUAAAAGUCAACUCCUCUUAGCUAAGGCUGUAGAGCAGACUCAAUCUCUCUCUCUCUUUAGGUGGUCUUAGUGCCACCAGAUGGGACAGAACAUCACCCCAGGAAGUGUGUGGGUUACACUUACACUAACUAAAGUUUUCCUUCUCCCCUCUGAUUAAUUUACAUAUUGACUAGUUUUAGUUUAAUUGAAAAAUAUAAUUAAACUGCCUUUUUUUUUUGUCAGUUUAUGUAAUGUCCUGUCUACUAUAUGGUCUUCUGUUGCUCAUUAGAUAUUUGAGGUGGGGCUCGUUCCCUGAUGAAUGUUUUGAAUUGUCUUAUUUUGAUUUCAUUUAUUUUCAGCUGGUAUUUUGCAGCUGUUGCUAUGUGACAGUAUGGUUGGAGAUUUGGUCAGUCAGCUUCAUCACAAUGACAAAUUGUGGUUCUGAAGGAAUUGGGGACUUUGGGUGCAUGGGAAUGCAGGGUUAGGGCUUUUGUUUGUAUUUACACAUUUCCUGGUUUUAAAAUGGUGACUGUUCACAUCCCCUUUAUUGUUUGCUUUCCACAAACAUGAAUGAUUACAUUUUUCACUGCAAAACUGGAAAGUUUAUUCCAAACCUGCACAUGUAAGUUCUCACAGAAAACAAAUGUUCAUUUUGUACAAGAAAUUAUUCAGGAGGCAGAAAUACCAUGUAACUUAUCUGACUAUAACUGAUCCACACCGCGCUAAUUUUAAAUAUUUACACCCAAAUAGUUUGACUUUAGUUAUUCUUUCAGCUAAGAGUACAGAGGAGAUGUCAAAUUCCUCUAUUUGAAGAUAUUCAGCAAAUACAUUCAAAUUAGUUAUUCAAGGUAAAUUAUUUAUUCAGUUAUUUGUUUCAGCCCGUGGUGCAGGAAUGCAGCAUCUUUAACAGUGUAACAGCUGCAGAAUUGCAGAGGCCAUUAUUCAAAUUCUCAGCAUCAUCAGCUAUCCCUUUCAUAAUAAAACAGUCAAGAGAUGCUCACAUCCAUUCUUUAUGUGAAGAAAUUCACUCAGUGUAAACACACUAAAUGUAAUACAUUCUAGUCAUUCUGUGGGAAUUUCAUUGUAAUUUAUUUGCAUAGCUCAAAUAUUUCCCUUGACUUCUGCUUCUGGCAAGAAAACUGAGUAAAUAAAAAGUUAGUUUUGAGUCACGUUGUAACAUUACCUACUACAGAAUGGGAUGCAGCCAACCAUCCGUCCCCUAAGCAAAACUAGAAGACAGACUCCUGAAGCAUGUUGCAAAAUUAAUUAACUAUUAAUUAAUUAAUUGUAGGCUUUUUUUUUUUUAAACAGAGACAAGUGGGUUGACAAGGGUUCUACCCUAUGGAGCCUACAAACUACACAGACAACAUAACAAAGAAAGAUGUAAUAUAACAAAAGCCAAGUGAUCUUUAGUGUGUUGUUUGUGCCACAUUUUGCUCUGAUGGAUUUCUGAGGUCCUCUUUUUAUUACAUACACUGAUUAUGCCAAUGUGGUUUGUAAGCCUGAGUGUUACAAGAUAUUGUGGCAAGAUGGCUGAUUUUAGUUUGGUGGGUCCUGUGCUUUUCUUGGCAGGGAGCUAAGAUGCCACCCUUUGCCUCUGCUCUUAGGUGCCAAGGCUCCCACUACUAGCCCAGGAAGGCAGUAGAGGAGGGAGGCAGGGGAGGGGUCUGAGUUUUUUCCUCGCUCUGAGUCCCAGCCCCUCUCAACCCCUGUGGGUUUCUUACCCUCGGUCCUUAGAUGCUCAGGGGGAAGGGAGUCUCCCUGGCCUGCUGGGCAGGGUCUCCCUUACUCCAGUUCUCAGAUCUUCCAAAUCUCACAACACAUCUCAGUGAGUGGGUCCUCCUCUUCUGGCUGCCUGAUGCAGGGGGUUUUAUUAGGUUCCUAACAGGGCCUUAAUUGACUGCAGGUGCUCCAAUUAACCUGCAGCCACCUUCCCUAGUCUAUAGGGAACCACGCCUUAAUUAGCCUUGAGCUUAUCUAUCUAGCACUCUCCCACUGCUCUUUGGCCCUCCUGUAUCACAAUAUACAAGUAGCUUUUUUGUUCUCCCUACCUCUUCUCUAGCUCUUUCUUGUCCACUGUAUAGUUGGCUAGGUCUAGAUCUGCAUUUGGAGACUUUAACUUCCCCCUUAAUUAAUGAAGUCUUUGUUGGGAGUAAAACUAGACAUUCCAGUGGAACCUCUAUCACAUUUAAGCCUUAUACUGCAGAUUUUGGAGACAACGGAAGCUUGGCUAAGUAAAAGAGCUUUUCCUGAUAAGUGAGCAGGAGUUCAGGCUUUUCAUUCAGACAGUAGUUAAGCUUCAAGAUGUGUCUUCCUCACCCCCCGCAAAAAGCAAGCAUGAUUCUCUUUGUAUUUUGUUGUAUUUAUAUACAAAUUGGCAGAGGGGAAGCUUAUAUUUUGAGCAAUGAAGGAAGUCUUCGUUGUGGCUAAUUAGGAUGUGGUAUUCUUGUUUUGAUGUAACACACCUUUUGUCUUUUCUGGAGAGAUUCAGCAGAUGCAGUUAGGAAGUAACAUAUUAUACGUAUACCUUGGUUCAGCUAUCUUGUUAAAUUUGAGAUUCUAGGGCAGGUACUGGCAGCGGAUGAAUAGCAUAUAUAUGACGUGGUUAUUUUCAUGUUUAGUCAAUGAGUUCUGAGGCAGGCAGCUGUGAUCUCAAAAUUGCAUCUAGCUUCCUGACUCCCAGCUAUUAGAUAGUACACACUACACCAUGUGCUUUCAUAUCAAGUACACAAUAGCUAAAGCUCCGGAAUUAUUUCUUUUAGCUACUAAAGACAAUGACUGAAACAUGGUAUUUCAGAAAUAAAACCAGAAACUCCAAAUUGCCUUUGGAACUUCUACCCUUUUCAAUUCCCAGCUUCCUGUGGGCUUUCAGCUGUGCUAAAUUUUUUGUUCCCAUGGUAACACUUCUGCUAGCCCUAAAACUGUGACACUGCUUUUUAGGUUUCUGCACAACAAAGCUCAUCUAGUGCUCCUCAAGUAAAGGUUAGAUUAAAAGUGCAGGGCAUUGCUACAAUUCCCUUGUUCUGGUUUUACAGCAGCUGUUAAGGAACACAAAAUGGUUACUAUCACAGUUCACAUGGCAUGUCACUGUACAGAAACUAGAAGUUAUUGUGGUUUCAACUCCCAAACACCACUAUGAAAAUGUAUAACAAAAGUAUCAACUGUAUCUCAGCCAAACCUGUACAGUAUUUAGCCAAUGCAACAGUAACUCCCCAAUCUACCAUAUUUACAGAUAGUCAUAUAAAAUUGGUUCAAGAAAGGGCACAACCCACUUUUGUGUUUCCAGUUUUAUACAGAACCCCCUAUCCAGAUUUUUGGGGUUUGGGUUAGUUUCUCUUAAGCUUGUUCUGAGCCUAAAGCUCUUCUUUCCCCAGUUGCAUCCAACUAGUUGAUGCCACAGCUGGAACUGAGUACUGGCCAACAACCUCUGGCCACAGGUCAUUCUCAGAAUAGGAGAAAUAUCUAAAGAGACAAGACCAUAGGAGACUCAACGCAUUUCCUAAAGAAGUCUCCAGUCUCAAUAACAAUUCUUUACCCAUUCUGUUUUUGUGUUUUAUUGUAAUUAAAGAUUUAACCUUUCAAGUAUAUUUUCAUUCACUGAAAUGUAUUUUCUAACAAGCCAGAUUUGUAAAAAUAUAUCUCUCCCUUUAUUUAUCACAAUCCCUCUCCUUUGUGCAAUUAUAUUACAGCCUGAUCUACUGAGAGGCUACUCAAACUAUAACUAAGGUGGCUUCUUGACAGUGUCUCUACUCUGUUUAUACACAGGGACAAUUUUAAGGAAGUUCACUACUGACAUGUAAAAUAGAAAUCUGCCAGCUGUUCGUUGAAUUUCCCAGGCUGAAAAAGCACAGGCAGAUGUUACUAGGUUUUCUGAAAAUUAAGAAACUUGCAAAAAAUUGCUUUAGCUCAUUUGGUUAUUUUUACAGCUACAAACUCAUUCUAUGAGCACUUCCCCGAGUAUCAGUAAUUCUUGACAGUUCAAAAGCAUCUGACCAUAAUAAACUGUUAAAAGGAUUGAACGUAAUAUGUUUAGGAAAUCUGCUUGCUGCUGAUAUUACUAUGUACUACUCACAUUACAUCUUGCUCCUGCUUGUAACUCUAGCCAAUCCCUGUUAUUCAGCUUAUGUGGUCAGAUGUGUAUUUUGUGCAUUAGUAAAGAAAAAGUGAUGAUUGAGUUUAUUUUCACAAACCAUAGUUUCUCUUCCUAUCCUGUACAAGUGAACAUUCAAAAGAAGCAUAGGACCUGAUUAUGCCACAGGCUACAUGUCCCAAAUCCCAGGGAAGUCAGUGGGAGUUUAGGGUCAUAUCCAUUAGCUCAAUUAGCUUUGCAAUAUGUGCCACCCAUCUUCCUAACUAGAAGAGGGUACUGUCAACUUCCGUAAAGUUAGCUUGUGAAUGUACUGGGUACAGCCUCCAUUCACCUCAUGCUCAGAAGUUACCAUGCAAACCCAACUGGAACUAAAGUAAACAUUAAUAUAACCACCCGUUUGUAAUUUUGUGUCCUGUUAUGAAGACUGGCAGUCGCCAACAGUGGGCUUUGAAUUGGCCAUCCAAGAGUGAGAUGUACUUACUAGCUUUUCAUUUUCUGUGUCUGGGCUUUUUAUAUUUUAAACUUCCAAAUGUAAGUGUUAAAAUAAAAUAGUCAUCCAGUCAAUUUUAGAUUUCAAAUAAGUGGAAUUUCAAAUAAAGUUAUACAUUUUGCUUUCUUGUUAACCAGAUUUGUUUAUUUCACUGUACUGUAAAUAUGAGCUAAACAUAAAAACAAUGAUGCAACUUUCAGGCCAGUACUUUGGAUUGGAUAUUAAUUGAGUUGGUCUUUUUAUGACUCCAGUUUUGGUAUGCUUAAUAAAUGGCCUUACAGCCAUAUGUGUGCAGCACAACAGUGACACCCAGAGGCCAGGCAUGUAACCAGAGCUCCUUUUCCUCAGAGUGGCAGUUUGAAUUUUGAUCAGACCUCAAUGAAAUUACACCUUUGCAAAAGUAAAUUCUCAGAAGAUAUUAUUUGAUACUUAUAGCAUUUUAAACAGUUCCUUGUUUUGUUAGAAAUUCCUUGGCAAUCCUUAUGAGCAUUAAUAGCCUCAGACAAUUCAAGCAGAUAUUCUGUAUAGUAAUGCACGCCAUUUCAUUGCAUAUAGUAUUUACUUGCUCCCUUGUAAAGUAUUUAAUGAAGAAUCACCAACAAGCCACAACAGUGCAGCACAAGAGGCUUGAUCUUUAUCAAUUGGGGCCUUUUAGGCCUCUUUGCUAGCCUAAGUGGGUUUACUCUGAAAUCAUGGUCAAAACAAAGACUUAUGUUUUCUACUUGUGAGUACUGUAUCCAGUUCAAAACCAACAGCUUACUUUAUUAAAAAUUUUACCAUUUUAUAAAAGACAUGUUUAAUUAUGGAGAUGGCUGUAUUGUAAUUAAUAUUUUGAGAUAAUUGUGAUAUUGAGCUUAAAUUAUAUACAAAAGUCAUUUUUGUAUGUGUUAAAAAGAUUGCUAUAUUACAAAUGACUAACUGUACUUUUCAGUUUAAUUACAGUAUUGAUGUAAAUAAAGCUGAAUGAAGAAAUAUUUACUACUUUAUUAACAUAGAUUGUGAAUGUAUUUAAUGUUUUUGCAGUAUAAGGACUUACUGAACUUGAAAGCUGCUUCAUUUUAUGUGCAAAAAGGUACUUUAAAACUAUAUUUUAAAUCUAUUGAUUCAGUGAAAUCAAUUAUCUUGUUAGUUAAUUUGCACAUGCAAGUUGAAUCCUUCCAGUUUUAUUUUAUGUAUUGACACUAAUUGGUAAGGUGCAUAUUGUGUUUAGGAUGCAUUUUGCAGAUGCUUUCUGUACAUAAAAAAAUACAGGGACUAAAACAAUGCUGUGCAGUGUAUAGCAGAGCCAUUUUUCGGCUUUGGUGUACCAACUUUUUCAGUAUUUAAGAAGUGUUUUGAAUAACAUUAAAAAAGUCUCUUUAUUGUACAAAUAAUAAAAAUGUCACCUUAUUGUAA